GUAGUUCCUCUCGCGUCAUCUCCGGGCGCUCGCCGGCUACCCUGAUAGUUCCAGUGUUCUGUGGUCGCGGCUCCCUCCUUUCUUAUCUCUUCCCUUGGUCCGCAAGCUGCUAGCAGGGUCGGAGCCUCACCUCGCGCCUCACGCCUCGGCUGCCAAGGCGGAACAGUGUAGAGGCGGCUGAAAGGGAGAAGAAAGGCAGCAGGAGGACCGGAGAGACGACGUCGUGAGCGCGGCGCGGGCCUUGCGAUGUCAUCAGACGAGGCCGGAAGGGGCUCGGGGAUGAAGCGCUUGAUUUACCAAGCUUUCUCUCAAGAAGAGGCCAAAGAACUCGAUAUUCAGCACCAGGGAUCCCACAAGGCCGAGGCCUUUGUGAAAGCCUUCCUCAAGCAAAGCAUGCCCCAUCUGACAGAAGCCAAACUCGAUGACUACCUGCAUCGAAAAGCCGUCGUGCUAGAGUACCUUCCCCCGAAAAAGCCCAAAGAAAGGCAAAGAAAGUCCAAAGGCUUCUCUGCAAAGCAGAGGAGAGAGUUGCGCCUCUUUGAAAUCAGACCAGAGGAGCAAAGAUACAGCCUGUUUCUCCCUCUGCAUAAUCUCUGGAAACAAUAUAUCCGGGACUUGUGCAAUGGUCUCAAGCCAGACACGCAGCCACAGAUGAUUCAAGCCAAGUUGUUAAAAGCAGAUCUUCAUGGUGCUAUUAUUACAGUUACAAAAUCUAAAUGCCCCUCUUACGUUGGUAUUACGGGAAUUCUUCUUCAAGAAAUGAAACACGUCUUCAAAAUUAUCACCAAAGAUGACAAAUUAAAAGUUAUUCCCAAGUUAAACUGUGUGUUUACUGUGGAGAUCGAUGGCUUCAUUUCCUAUAUUUAUGGGAGCAAGUUCCAACUUCGAUCAAGUGAGCGUUCUGCAAAGAAGUUCAAAGCUAAAGGAACAAUUGACCUAUGAACUGGUGGCUGCUUAAGAAAAUAUCACUGCAGCUCAGAACAGUGUAAAGGAAGCAAGAGACCUGAACUGGCAGCUGGCUCAUGUUUGGUGCCUUGCUCUUUAAAAAAAAAUACUGCCAGGCCAGUGAGUAGCUCAUUUCCAGCUCAUUUCACCAGUCCAAUUGUUAGUUGUCUUUUCUUUCCAUAUUGUUUAAAAUCCUGUGUGUGGUCUGUCUGCCUCUUUGGUUAAACAGAUGAUUUUCUGGUCGCAUUAUUUUCUAGUGGGAUUUGUUAAGUAGAUUCAAGUCUGUCGCCCCCUGGAGUAGCAAUCUCAGCGGAAAGAAGCUACAAAAUCACUGGCUCUUAUUUUGCAAAUUAAUAAUUAUAUUGGAUUAAGGAGUUGGGACCCUACAUAUCGAGGUUUGUAUCAUCUAGUUUUUACACCUCAGUAGCAGACUAUAAGGAAGGAAAUAGAGAAUGUACCAUUUUCCAGUGCCAAGCCUUUAUGGCGUCAUCCAGAAAAAAGCCAAGGCACUUGGGAGAAUAGAGAGGAUCAUGAGGCUUUCUCCCCCAAACUCCCAUACAUUGUGUGACUGUCCACUUCCCAGAAACUUCAUCCCAGGUGCCCUUUGGAGCUGUUUCAGAAAACUAUGUAAUAACUUUGAGAUCUGAAUAAGAAAAUGAGCUUGUGUUAUUUAUGCAAUAUAUGUAUAUAUUAUUUUUUUUUAAAUAAGCCCCUUUGUACUUUGAUGCUAAAACAUGGAUGUUUUACUUUUUUGUUGACUCUUAUGUCCUAGGCCAGUGUUGUCUGUGCUAAAAGCAAGUGAAGCUCCCUGAGGUUAACUCACUGUCUCUGGCGGGGGGAGUGAGGAAAGAUGACUGGCUUUGUUCUGAAACUAUUUCAGUCAUUUUGGUGGGAAGUCCUGAGGAAUAUUCGUGCCCUUAAUGGUCUUUCCUUUGACAAACAAGAUGUGUGCCACAGAUCAUUCUUGGCAUCCUCUCCCCCUCACUCCCAGAAACUUCCCUACAAAAAGAGGGCUUUUUAAUGCCCCUUUGUCUUUGAGCCACUCAUUACAAGCACUCCACAUUUAGGAAAAGCAAACAUUGCACACAAUGUGGUUGAGUACUGAUUCAGACCAGAUAACAGGCCUGUCUGACAUGAGCGAGGACUAGAAUGUUGCGACCCUUGCAUGACAGAUAUGCCCAGAACUACCCAUUUCCUGUGUCAUGUGACCUUGGAUGCCAUAGCCCCACGUAGGUUGAUAGGAAAUGUCUCUCCUUCAUUCUGACAUUCCGAGUAAUGUUUGACUGCUUCUGCCCUACCUGUAAGCUAUGAUCAUAACUACCUGCUUUCUUGAUGGGGAAAUAAAUUUCUCUCUUAGUUAAUUUAAA